UGCGCUCCCAGCGUGCUCCGCGCGACCCUGUCGGGCGGAGGCGGCUGCGGGCGGUGAGGAACAGUCAUCAUAACAUGGAUGCUUCGAGGAAUCUCCUUCCGCCCACGGCUGGAAAUGGUCAUGUGGCUAAUUUAAAAGAAUUAGAAAAACUUCUGGCAGAUGAAAGAAUGCGAUGUGAACACCACAAAACAAAUUAUCAAACUCUAAAGUCAGAACAUCUAAGAUUACAGGAAGAAUAUACAAAGGCACAAGAUGAACUGAAGAGGUUGUUGGUUGAAAAGGAGACUGUGCAUGACAGAUUUCAGCAGCUUCUUGCUGAGUAUCAGGAGGAGUUGCUGGCUAAAACACGAGAGCUGGAAAAACUGAAGAUGCAGGUGCUAACUCCUCAAAAGUUAGAGCUGUUAACUGCACAAAUACAGCAGGAAUUGGAAUCCCCUAUGACAGAACGUUAUCGGAAGCUAGAAAAUGAAGUGGAAAAAUACAGAACAGAAUAUAACAAACUUCGUUAUGAACACACUUUUCUGAAAUCAGAAUUUGAACAUCAAAAGGAAGAACACACACGUAUUUCAGAGAUGAAGAAAAUAAAAUAUGAGGCUGAGAUUGCAAGACUGGCUAAAGAUAAAGAAGAACUCCACAACCAGCUGCUUAGUGUUGAUCCCACAAAAGACAGUAAACGUGUGGAAGCACUUUCUAGAGAAAAAGCACAACUGUGUCAAAAAUUAAAAGGCUUAGAGGCUGAAGUAUCAGAAUUAAGAGCAGAAAGAGACAAUUGCAGUGCACAAGCAGAAAAUAUUCAAAGAGCACAAGCACGGCAGUUAGCUGAGAUGCAGGCUAUGACAAGGUCUCUAGAGGCCGAAAAGAAGUCUGCUGAACUACAGAUUGAUCGACUUGAGAAAGAACUGCAGAUGAGUCAUGAGGAGAACAGCCUUUUAACUACUAAACUUGACAAAUCUGAACUAGAAGUCAGUUCCUUAGCUGCUAAAAUAGAAGAACUUAAAAGUUCAUAUAAAUUGGAAAUAGCAAAUGUCAGACUGGAGGCAGCAAGAACAAAGAGCGAGGCAGAAAGAGAGAGAGACAAGAUUCAUAGUGAAAUGGAUGGAUUGCUGUCAGACAAGGAAACUCUUAAGGCAACUGUUGAACGUCUUAAGGUGCUUUUAGUAGAAAAGGAUCGGGAGCUAAUUCGGAAGGUACAAGCUGCCAAAGAUGAAUUUUUUGAAAAAAUUGCUGCCUUACAGGAUGAAAAGUUAGAACUGGAGAACAGAUUAGCUGAUGUAGAGAAGGUGAAACUGGAACAAGAUACUUGGAAACAAACUGAAAAGGAUCAGUAUGAAGAGAAACUGCAUGCUUUACAGAUGGCACAUGACCAUAGCAAAAAGGAACUCCAGCGUUUGCGAUUGAAAGUUCAGCAGCAAGGUAAUCAGGCAGAGGAGUUAGAAGAAAAGAAACGUGAAAGUGCUGAUCUGAAACGGCAAAUUGAAGACUUGCAGCUGCGGCUUACCUCACUUUCUCAGUCAGAAAAUGAAGUGCUGGAGUCUAAUCAGAAAUUGAAGGAUAUAAUAGAGACACUGAAGCAAGAAUGUCAGCAUGCAAGGACUCAGGCAGAAAAAGCUCAACUGGAAACAGAGAAGACUUUAGAAUACAAACAUAUUGAAUGGCUGAAGGAGAAGCAUGUGCUUACUCAGAGCAUCACAGAGAAAGAGGAGAAAUACAAUGAAAUGAAGAAUAAGCUAUACCGAGCUGCUGUUGCUCAGAAAAAGAGAAAGACUCUCACAGAUAAUAAACAAAGGAGGAUGCGAGAGAAACUAGAGCUUUUGGAAGCCAAGAUGGAAGAGCUAGAAAAAGAAAACCAGGUGUUAAACAGGCAGAACAUUUCCUAUGAAGAACAUGCACGUCUCCAGAAGAGACUGAAGGACUUGCAACGUAGGCACAAUGAAUUCCGGAGAUUAAUUCUGAGUCCUAGCAUACCAUCUGUUAGUCCAGUCAAUAUAAUGUCAUCAUCUGCCUUGCCUCCUGGCCCUGAAAUGUCCUUCCCACUUCUUCAGGAGGAACAGCAUCAAAGAGAGCUUUCCCUGCUUCGCAAGCGGUUGGAAGAACUAGAAACUACACAGAGAAAACAGCUGCAAGAUCUGGGGCCACCUAGAGACCCAGUAACAGUGGGCACAUAUGGGCAAUUGGCUAGCAACAGGGGUGUUGGGAAUGGUGAUGCACAAAGUGAGAACUCCCAAUAGAAUCUGAAGACUCUACAUGCUGUUAGUUUUCAAAACUUUAUCCUUUGUAUGUAAUUUUAAUAUUUUGCCAAAAACUUUUUUAU